GGCCGGCCCGCUCCACGCUCCCCGAGCUCCCCGCGCUCCCCGCACCCCCGGCUCCGGCCCCGGCCUGGCCCCGCCAGCAUGAUGAGCUACGGCAGCGCGGACGGGCUGCUGCAGGGCCCCGCGUACCCGCUGUCCUUCCACUUUGCCUUGGCCUCUGGCCGCAAGAGCGCCGCGCUGGUGCGCUCGGCCGCCGGCGGCUCGGGGUCCAGCGGCUUCCACUCGUGGGCGCGGAGCUCGGCCUCGGGCUUCCGCUCCCGCGGCGCGUUGGCCGCCUCGAGCACCGAGAGCCUGGACUCGCUCAACGGGCCGGGGCUGGGCGGCGAGGGCCGCGGGGCGCGCAACGAGAAGGAACUACUGCAGGCGCUCAACGACCGCUUCGCCGGCUACAUCGACAAGGUGCGACAGCUGGAGCUGCAGAAUCGGCAGCUGGAGGGAGAGGCGGCCGCGCUGCGGCAGCAGCAGGCCGGCCGCUCGGCCAUGGGCGCGCUCUACGAGCGCGAGAUCCGCGAGAUGCGCGCGGCCGCGCUGCGCCUGGGCGCAGAGCAGGGCCAGCUGCGCCUGGAGCACGAGCGCCUGCUGGAGGACAUCGCGCACGCGCAGCAGCGCCUCGACGACGAGGCGCGCCAGCGCGAGGAGCUGCAGGCGGCGGCGCGCGCGCUGCACCGCUACGCCGACGAGGCGGGCCUGGCGCGCGCCGAGCUGCAGAAGAAGGUGCAGGCGCUGCAGGACGAGGGCGCCUUCCUGCGCCGCCGCCACGACGACGAGGUGGCCGAGCUGCUCAGCCAGAUCCAGGCCGCGGGGCCCCCCGACGGCCGCGACCUCGUCAAGUCCGACGUGACGUCGGCGCUGCGCGAGAUCCGCGCGCAGCUCGAGGGCCACACUGUGCAGAACACGCUGCAGUCGGAGGAGUGGUUCCGAGUGAGGUUGGACCGCUUGUCAGAAGCUGCCAAGGUGAACACAGAUGCCAUGCGCUCGGCCCAGGAAGAGAUCACCGAAUACAGACGUCAGCUGCAGUCCAAGACCACUGAGCUGGAGGCCCUCAAGGGGACAAAGGACUCUUUGGAGAGGCAGCGUUCAGAUCUGGAAGACCGCCAUCACGCCGAUGUCAUCUCCUAUCAGGAGGCCAUUCAGCAGCUGGACAGCGAGCUGAGGAGCACCAAGUGGGAGAUGGCAGCCCAGCUCCGGGAGUACCAGGACUUGCUGAAUGUCAAGAUGGCCCUAGACAUCGAGAUUGCAGCCUACAGAAAACUUCUGGAAGGAGAAGAGUGUAGAAUUGGUUUUGGCCCAGUUCCUUUCUCUUUUCCUGAGGGACUCCCCAAAACUCCGGCUACUUCCACACAUAUAAAAGUCAAAAGUGAAGAGAAGAUCAAAGUGGUAGAGAAGUCGGAGAAGGAAACAGUCAUUGUGGAAGAACAAACUGAGGAGAUCCAAGUGACAGAAGAGGUAACUGAAGAAGAGGAGAAGGAAGAGAAAGAAGAAGCAGAAGAAGAAACUGAAGAGAAGGAAGAAGAAGGAGAAGAAGAAGAAGAAGGAGAAGAAGCAAAGUCCCCAGAGAAGGAAGCCAAGUCUCCUCCUACAGAGGAAGUCACAUCACCAGAGAAGGCCAAGAGCCCAGUGAAGGAAGAGGUCAAGUCUCCAGAGAAGGCCAAGACCCCAAUGAAAGAAGAGGUCAAGUCACCCCCUGAGGUCAAGUCUCCAGAGAAGGCCAAGACCCCAGUGAAAGAAGAAAUCAAGUCACCCCCUGAGGUCAAGUCUCCAGAGAAGGCCAAGACCCCAGUGAAGGAAGAAGUCAAGUCACCCCCUGAGGUCAAGUCUCCAGAGAAGGCCAAGACCCCAGUGAAGGAAGAAGUCAAGUCACCCCCUGAGGUCAAGUCUCCAGAGAAGGCCAAGACCCCAGUGAAGGAAGAAGUCAAGUCACCCCCUGAGGUCAAGUCUCCAGAGAAGGCCAAGACCCCAGUUAAGGAAGAAGUCAAGUCACCCCCUGAGGUCAAGUCUCCAGAGAAGGCCAAGACCCCAGUGAAAGAAGAAGUCAAGUCACCCCCUGAGGUAAAGUCUCCAGAGAAAGCCAAGACCCCAGUGAAGGAAGAGGUCAAGUCUCCAGAAAAGGCCAAGACCCCAGUGAAGGAAGAAGUCAAGUCUCCAGAAAAAGCCAAGACCCCAGUGAAGGAAGAGGUCAAGUCUCCCCCUGAGGUCAAAUCUCCAGAAAAGGCCAAGACCCCAGUGAAGGAGGAAGUGAGGUCCCCAGCUGACAUCAAAUCCCCAAUAAAGGCCAAAUCUCCAGAAAAGGAAGAUGUAAAAUCCCCUGAGAAAGAGGAAGUCAAAGAGAGUGCCCCAAAGAAAGAAGUGAUAAAGUCCCCUGAUGCACCCGUCAAAGAAGAAGGAAAACCCCAGGACAUUAAAGUGAAAGAAGCACCCAAGAAGACAGAGGAGGAGAAGGCCCCAACCAAAGCAGAAGAAAAAAAGGACAGCAAGAAAGAGACCCCUAAAAAGGAGGCUGAGGAGAAACCCAAGGAGCCUCAGGUGGGAAGCAAGACAGAAGGGUCGGAGAGCCAGAAGGCAGCCCCAGCGGCCCCUGCAAAGGGGGAAGCCAAGGAGAAGGAGCCGGCAAAGCCCCAAGAGAAGAAGGUGGAGGAGAAGAAGGGACCAGAGCCACCCAAGGCAGAGAGUGAAUCCAAAGUCCCCAGCCAGCCAGCUGCCAAGGGACCUGAGAAACCAAAGCCGGAGGAAAAGAAAGCAGAGGAGAAGGCGACCGAGCCCCAGAAGUCUGAGGAGAAAGCCCACACUGAGCCCAAAGCCAAAGAGGAGAGCAAGGCCCCUCCCAAAGAACCCACCAAGGCAGAGGCCCCCAAACCCAGCAAGCCCAAGACCGAGAAGGCAGAGAAAUCCUCCGGCACUGACCAGAAGGAGAGCAAAUCCUCAGAGCAGGCGGCUGACGACAAAGCCAAGAAGGGCGAUAAGUAACCACGGGACCGGUAUGGAAAUACCCACCAGGAGCAGCCAAAGAAACUUGGACAGGUCAAUCAACUGUAACUUAUUUUAUUUCUUCCUCCCCAAAGAGACUGUGCUCAGACUUCAGGGUCCCUCCUUUUCCAAGCUGGAAUUCCUGGUAGCAAUACAUAUGAAAAGAGGGAGAGAGGAAAACCAGACCCCCCCUUCCCCUGAACACCCCACCCCUCACCCCCAGCCCCCCAAUCCUCAGUCCUCACCAACGAUGGUCAACUAUGUUAUGAUAGCUUAACUAGAAGAAUGUGAUAUAUGCCGAAUGCCACAUGUAAACACUUGACUAUUUAAAACUGCUCCUCCCCUCCAAAUAAGUGCAUUUAUUUCCUGUAUGUUCAAUCAGUCGAUGGACAAAUGCAAUAAUGAAUGUACACCCCGUUAGAAGAUGCAUUAUGCUUGAGAUGUCUUAAAAUGGUACGGAUGCCUUUUUGGUUUAUUUUCCAAAGGAAAUCUGGCGCCCUGCCCUCCCCUAGGGCAGAGGCAGCUCGCCGGAGGGUGGGCCCAGAGGAUGCAGGGUCAACCACACAGUGUCAAUCACGCCACAAACUCAGAGGAGCACUGUUCAACUUGAGGCCACUUCCAAUUGCUUGUGUGCAAUAAAACAAGAGUGCUUAUAAAAACCAA